AGAGAUCUUCUGGUUGAUUCCCCUUAUGUGGUAUUGGUAACAUUUUAAGCUUCCACAAUACAAAAGGGGCAAUCUAUUAGCCCGAGCCCCUGAAGGAUUUGAAACGUUUCUUACCUUCGGCAAGAAGGAGCCUUCUUUGUGGUUUUUUGCUUUCUGGGUUCAAAGAAGGCUCUGGCUUGCACACUUGUUCGUGGUUCUUCAUCUGGGGAUUGAUUCUGCAAAAUGAUCAGAUUAUGGGUAGCUUAUCUGCAAUUGGCGGAGCUGUUUGUGAGCUCUAUCAUCCAUAUGCUUUAUGGGUUUUACAUUUUCAGUUCAGGUGUUGCUGGGGAUCUCUCACAAGCUCUUAGUGAUUACUUUUACAAGUCUAAGGUGAAUAUUGAGGUCAAGGAGGAAAUGCGAAAAGAGAAAAACGAUGACCUGCCUCCUAUUGUGUUACUUCAUGGAAUUUUCGGGUUUGGCAAAGGGCGAUUGGGUGCUUUAUCGUAUUUUGCCGGGGCAGAGAAGAAAGAUGAAAGGGUUCUCGUCCCUGAUUUGGGAUCUUUAACCAGUAUCCACGAUAGGGCUCGCGAAUUGUUCUACUAUCUGAAAGGCGGGCAAGUCGAUUACGGCGAAGAGCACAGCAUUACUUAUGGCCACUCGCAAUUUGGACGAAUCUACGAACAAGGCCACUAUCCUGAGUGGGACGAGGAUCAUCCUAUUCACUUCGUUGGUCACUCAGCUGGAGCACAGGUUGCUCGUGUCUUGCAACAAAUGCUCGCUGAUAAGGCAUUUAAGGGUUAUGAAGUCACUUCAGAGAACUGGGUUUUGAGCAUAACGGCCUUAUCAGGAGCAUUUAAUGGCACCACAAGAACCUACUUAGAUGGCAUGCAGCCAGAAGAUGGGAGAACAUUGAAACCUAUUUGUCUGCUACAAAUUUGCCGAAUUGGAGCGAUAAUUUAUGAUUGGCUGGACAUUUCCAUGCUGAAGUCGUAUUACAAUUUUGGAUUUGAUCACUUCAACAUGUCAUGGAGAAAGACGGGCAUUUCAGGUCUUGUUGAUUGCCUUCUCGGAAAUGCCGGUCCAUUUGCUUCAGGGGAUUGGAUCCUCCCUGAUCUUACAAUUCAAGGAUCUAUAAAACUCAACUAUCAUCUACACACGUUUCCAAAUACGUACUACUUCAGCUAUGCUACCAAGCGUACUAGGAAAAUCCUAGGUGUCACACUUCCUUCAAGCAUAACUGGAAUUCAUCCACUGCUUUUUAUAAGAGUUUUGCAGAUGUCCCAGUGGCGACAUCCUUCGGACGUGUCUCCCCCUUACAAAGGAUACAGCACACCCUGUAAUUGGUGUUGCAGGGAUGAGGACUGGCAGGACAAUGAUGGAGCGCUAAACACGAUAUCCAUGACCCAUCCUCGCUUCCCAAUUGAACACCGAAACCAUUUUGUUGAAAAGGAUUCAGAUUGUGAACCCUUGCAGCCAGGGAUCUGGUACUACAAGUUUGUGGAAGGUGAUCACAUUCUAUUCAUUAUUAAUAGGGAGAGAGCUGGAGUGCAGUUUGAUUUAAUAUACGAUGACAUUUUUGGACGUUGCAGAAAGCACGUUUUUAGGAAGAAGCUUCCGACACUUCCUAAUGAAAUUCAUCAUUAGCUUAGCAUAUGUGCCUUGAUUAAACAAUUUUAAGAGAAAUAUGAAAGAAAAAAAGGCCAUUCUUUGCCUUCAGCCCUUCAGGAUGAGUCAAUAUUCACCUUUGUAAAUGAGUUCUCUUUUUCUUUUUUCUUUUUUCUGCCUUUUAUGCUGCUACCAAGUCCUGUAGGAAGAUAUCAAACGCUUAUUAAUAGUGGAUAGAUUGUCUUUUUUUUUUUUUUUCCGGGCCGGAAUAGUGGAUGGCUUGUUACAACAUGCAAAAUUCUAUUUUUUUUUUUUUAAGAAGUUAUUUCUUCAGGAGUCGUGCAUAUUCUGGAAUCUUACGAUUGUAGAGUUCCUUGAUGAUGCUUGUAAGAACUACGAACGCUAGUGCGAACUUUUUGGGACCCAAGCAGUAGUCUGAUCUUGAUGAAGUAAAAUAGUUACCAACCCUUUUUCAGUGCUU